UUUCAAAAGUUUGGAGAAUUUACAAAAAAUUUUCAAAGUUUUUAACAGUUUUUUCAAGAAUUUCGAACAAUUUGAAGACAGAAAGAAAAGAGUGGCAAAAAUAGGCCCUGACUUGUUAACGAUAGGAUUGGUUGAUGUACAUACAAUAUUUCAUUAUUUUGCUGCUGGUGUUAAUUGCUGACUGCAAAGCAAUCAGCAUAACAAUAAUAACAAUAGAAUGAGUAGAGAUGCAAAAAUUAGCAGAGAAGCGUAUUGAGAGUUGACCAAAAAAUUCCUGUUAUGCUGCGAUUAUAUUAUUGAGUAUCACGAUUGCACCGACCAAUCAGAAACAAGAAUUUAUUCUCUCAUUCGUUGGUUUUUGUUUACAAAAACUGCUACAUGGUAUUUUCAGAUUGCACAUUUAUAUUAUCACUUUUUUUGGUCCCGAUGAUUAAGACCUAUUGGAUUAAAAAUUACCAACAAACGAAAAUUUAAAAGAAAUCAACAGAAAACAAACUGAUAAUAAUUUUUCAAGCUCUAAUGCAUUUACGUAGUGACAGCAAACAUUUAGUUCUAAGUGUACUAAGCUGCCCCUUGCAUUGCUAAAAAUUAAUAGGUAUGUAGAUGAAGAUGUCGACACUUUCAAUGGGAACAAUAGAACACUAAGAUGACUUCGUUUUGAGAGUUGAGCUUGUACGGCCCAAUAAUACUAUGUUUACUAUCUGCAGCAAUCAAUGAUUUCUAUCUUGUAAAGAAUGCUAUUGUACAUAGCACAACACGUUGUUUACUAUCUGUAGCAAUAUAAAAUCAAUGAUAACAACCUUGUAAAUGUAUAAAAAAUAAAAUGCUGAUAAAACAUUUACUCUCCUUUUUAUCCAUAUUUCCUCGUUAACAAGUAAAGCAGUAGAUGAAACAUAUUCAUUAUGCUUGCACGUAACAGUCGAUCUAGGUAUGAAUCUAGGAAUUCGAUCAAUUAAAUAAAAUUAUGUUUCGAUGUCGGUUGAGUUCUGCUGUGAAUAAAUUUUGUCCAUCGUGUAUAGAAUUUGUCAUAACUAUGGUGUCGAAUAUACUUUUUCAUGCCUUGGGGCCAAAAUCGAGGUAAUUUUUGGAAAUUUUCUCUCGAUUUUUCCCUCUGCGUGAGAACUUUUUUGAGUACUUGGUUUGGACCUUGGACGAUGUUUUUAAGCUAUUUUCGCUUGUAGCAUCGUCCAAACCAAGUACACAAAUAACUAUUUCAUAUCGUUUAGAGAUAAAUAUAGCCGUUUUCGUGCCCACCACAGUAAAAAGUAAAAUAUUCGAUUGUUACUUCUUAUUUUAAGUGCAUGCCAACUCUGCCUUCAGAUUUGUGAUUUUUUCCAAUGUAUGUGGGAAGGUAAUGUAAAAUAUAACCCAAUCAAAUGAACUAAUGUGCUAGGUCGCGAGUCUGAAUGACAUUACCUCCUCACCAAAUAAGGCACUCAUUUUAUCAACGUAGUUACCCAACUUUUUCUUCUAUCAAUUUAGUACAUGUCUUGUGACUAGCAUAUCAAUCUAACGUUGAUCAAAUAUUUGAAAAAAAGUAUCGUUCUUGCUGUAAUCCUACGAUUGUAAUGGCAUUAAUUUUACAAAAAACUAAGAAACACGCGAGUGACGAUCUCAAGUACCAUGGCCUAUAUGCGUACUAUUUUCUUGGAUUCAACAAAUCGAAAAUCGCUAAAAUCUAUCGCAAGGAUCCCAAAACCAUAACCAACUGGAUUACACGAUAUGAAAAGUCUGGAGAAUUGGGCAGAAAAACGACAAAUCGGGUGCCAAAGAAAAUUGAUCAAGAUAAACGGGAAUGGAUUUUGAAUCUUUACCGCGAAUGUCCAAUUUUAUAUUUGGAAGAAGCUAAGUUCAAAUUCGAGAGACAUUUUGGCAUAACGAUAUCCGCAUCUUACAUUUGUAAGAUUUUACAUCAGAACAAUUUCUCGUGGAAAACGUUAGAGAUUCGGGCGAUCCAGAUCAAGGAAAAAGAAAUCGAAAAAUUUUUCCACGAGUUGAACGCGAUCGAUUGGCACUACACAAAUUUGGUAUUUCUUGACGAGAUUUCUGUCGAUAAUCACGGUUUGAUUCGAGAGAAAGGCUACGGGAUUGUUGGGAAAAAACUUAUUUUUCGAGGUGAAUUUAACCGCAAGCCAAGAAUGUCUUUAUUGUGUUUUUUGGGGCAGGCUGGCAUCCUGGAAACGUACCAAACGGAAGGAACAUUUUCGAGGAAAAAGUUUUUCGACAGUUGUAAGGAUUUUGCUUUGGGUGGCAUUUGUCAGGUUUAUCCUGGGCAACACAGCGUCUGGAUCCUUGAUGGCGCUAAAAUACAUUGUCACCCAGCAAUAAUUCGCUAUCUGCGGUCAAUUGGUAUUAUCCCGGUAUUCCUGCCACCGUACACACCGUUUUACAAUCCAAUUGAAAUUGUGUUCGGAAUCGUGAAGAAGCAUUUAAAGAAAACAUUCGCCAAAUCCACUGAAAAUAUGGAAUUUCAAGUAAACAUGGAACUCACGAGAAUGCGUAAUUUUGACUGUACAGCCAUCUUCAAAUCCUGCGGUUACGUGGCAAGCGGACAAUUUGAUCCUACUGUUGCACAAGAGCAAGAACUGACCCAAUUUGGAUUCAAAGAAACUCCAGAGUUUAUGCUGUAAUUCGGUGGGUUUAUUCAAUAAAUCAAAUGUUGGCAGACCAGCUGCAACAAAGCAUUAGUGUUUCAUUACGUGGGUCGAUGUGCAAUCUAGUUAUUUUGUAGUUCAGAUCACGUGAUCUACAUCCUCACAGUCCAUGAUAAGGUUUUCUUGUUGCUGACUCGUUUCAUUUUCUUCAGGUUGCAGAGAAUUUGCCAUUGCAGUAACCAAUCUCUGAUUCGACGUGAUGACAUCUUCCAAAUUUUUCAAUCGCCAUCCCAUCAUCUCGAUACAACGAGCGAUUGACUGACGCAUGGUUUCAAAGUCCUUCGUUAGCAGCUGCAGUUGAUGCUUGAAUGAAUCGAUCAUGUUGUCAGUGACUUGAAGCCCAUUCCGGGCACUUUGCAUUUUUUCGUUGUCAGAAAAUGCCACUGAGCGAAAAAGUGGUAUUAAAUGUGCUGGGGGACACUCAUUUAGCAAUCGUUCUCGUGACUCGUUCAAUGGGGCAGAUUGGAUGAAAUUUGCCCACAUUACCCAACUGGAAUGGUGUGCUGCAUAGUGGACGCUGUGUAUCGCCUUCAGCUGGCCGACCAUUUCCAUCAACGACACAGUGUUAUCAGCGUUGGCUCUAUCACGCUUCUCUGGGACCAGUAAUUGGGCCGAGAAUUUGGUAUGAAUGGUUUUGUUGCAAAUUUUCUUUCCAUAAGUGUACACGAAGACGUUGACGUUUUUUCCUCUCAAUUUUCGUAAGCAGUCCACGUUGACUUGACUCAUUGUCAUUACUUUUCUCGAUCCCAGAUCUUGAAGCGUUACGAACUUAUCAAUUUCAUCCUGCGUUGGAUUUUCAGAUUCUGCCCAAACGAAAUUGUCACCAGCGAUCAUAACCUCACGCUUGAUGAACUGCACCGCCGUUAUCCAUAAUUCGCCGACAAUUUCAUCCAAAGUUUCACCAGCGAUAAUUUUCUCGUUAUCCUCGUUCAACGAUUUCUGCCCAACAAAUUCUCGAUUUAAAAAAUGUCCGAUGAAAUAGAAUUUCGAUUGAUUUUCUUUAUCCAUAUUGCUGCCGAUAGUAAACAACGUGUUGCGCCAGCACACUUAGAACAAGCCGUUGAGAAAUGAAAACGUCACAUAUGAAAUAUCAUCGAGAGAUCAGAGAAAAGUGAGAGAGGAACCUUGUUCAUUUCUUAUUGGUCGGCACAAUUGUUCAUUCUCAAAAAUUAUUGUCGUUGACUUGGAAAUUUUGGAUCCACUCUCAAUAUAAGAAAAAAAAAAUAAAAUUGGUAAAAUAAAUGGUAUCAAAUGUCUAUCCGGGAACGCUGUACAUUAUACUAAAAGAUUAACAAAAUAUUAAAAUAAAAAAAGGAUAAUUGAGUAUCAAUUUUAUGCUAUCGUAAAAAUAAGUUUUCUGAUGAUCCCAAGGAUAUUAAGGCAACAUGUUUUGUUACUUUGCUAUUUACACUCGCAGAAAAGUGAAUUCUUGAACUGAAUUUUUGGAUGUCGUUGCGGUUGUGGUAUUCUAUUUUUUGUUAUCCACAUGUUUCAUUCAGCAAAUGAACACCUAGAUGCUGAUUGAUUUGGAAAAAAUUGCGAAACGUAGACAUCUGGUACUUCAUUUGGUUAAAAAAUAUUUUUGUGGGAUUACGAAUACGAACCACUAACCAAUCCCACAUCAGAGAACGUAAAUCACUUUUCUUUGACUGUAAGAAUUAUUUAUGUUAUCAAUACCAUUGCGGAAUGUUAGUUAAAAAUGGUUUGCGAAAAAUUUGAUAAGCGAACAUUGUAGAUGGCAAUUAAAUUUGUAUUAGAAAAUUAAGAAUUAUGCCCACAUCAUCUUCAAUUUACAAUCCGAAUAGCUUAAUAA